AUGGAGUGUUUGUAUCUUCUGCUUAUUGUGUUUCACUUCACUGCAGGCUGCUCUCUCUCAGGAGAACAGAGUAUAAAAGAGAUCAGAAGGCAUACUGGUGGCUCAGUACUGCUGCCCUGCUCCUGCACUGACCUGCAGACCAAACCUCAGAGAAUCACCUGGAAGAUUAAUAGAAAUGAAAGAGAGUGGACUGAAAUCCUCACUAGUGUUCAGUACAAAGGCAGACUUAAGCAGUUUAAUGAGGACUCUCCUGCUAAUCUCUCUCUACUUAUAUCUGACCUGAGAGAAGAAGAUGAGGGGGAGUACAGCUGUCAAAUUGAGGAGGAAAGCAGAGAAUUCUGGCUGUAUGUUAAAGGUUGUGAUUUGGUGAAGACUGCAGGGAUAGAAGAGGUGAAGUUCUCAGGAGAGUCUGUAGUCCUGCUCUGCUCCUGCACUGAUCUACAGACCAAACCAAACACUGUUAAAUGGGAAUUUAGUUCAGAAACCUAUGACUUCGAAGAAAUAUACUCUACACAGACUGGACGUCGCAAGGACAAAGUCAGACUGACCAAUAGGAACUCAGGAAACCUCUCUCUACUCAUAUCAGACCUGAGUGAAGAGGAUCAGGGAGUCUACAGGUGUUCAGUCCAGCAUGAUUUUAAAAAUAUCAGACUUCAUGUUAAAGUGAGAGAAACUCCAUCACACUUAUGGACAACAGACCCAACAACAACUCCAUCAGAAGAUCCUCUAACUACAGCCAUGAAUGAAAAUGAGAGAAUCAUGUUGUGUGUUGCACGUUAAUCUUCACUAAAACCAAUAAAGCAAUGUACACGUGCUGAUUUCCAUCUGAAGAAAGAUUGAAUCCACACUCACACCGAUCUCUCUGCAGGGCUUCCACUGAACUAUUCACUGCUUUAUGGAAAUACUGCCAUAUCUGACCUAAAUAAGAUCAGAUCUUAAUGUCUCCUCAUCUUCUGGAUUGAACUCAUUCUUAUGCUCAUCCUUAACACUGAUUUAAUCUAAAUACUUCUGCAUUUUCAUCACUUUCUAACCACAACUUUACAUUUUUAUAUUAGAGACAGAGCUCAGAGCCUUUUACACCAUUU